CAACGACGAGAAAUCUCAACGAAGCGACUGAUUUCACAGAGACCCUGUUAUAACCUGUUUCUCACGUCGAACGGCCCGCCCGCUCCCGUCAGACACGCUCAAACAGGCCCAACAGGCUAGCCAAUUGGGCGCAGCCUACGUACCAAUGCACUGAGUCACAGCGUCCCCGUCAGGAGCUGACGUGUGAUGCUAUUUUAACUUUUACUAGUCUUUUGUUCUGCAGGCUUGCGUCACCCCACUUGCGGAAUACGGCACGUCAUCCAGUUGUGUCCCUGUAAACAGAUCAUUAGCACUCUAGUAGUAGUCUCACAUAGACCAGAUUGAAGAAUGACACAUCAGAGAUCACAAAGCUGGGCUGGAAGAUCGCCUCGUCCUGAACAAAUAAAUUCAUUUGACACUGAGGAUAUCAGAGUCGACCAACUGAUCACUGACUUCAUGUAUGAUUCACUGCUGCAACGCGGUCGUUCAGAAGACUCUCUAAACAGGGUUGGCAUACACCCAAGACAUGAGGAGUUCACACCAGAGAGGGAGCUAGCUCAAAGACUUCAGCUUCUUGUUGAUUCCUUACCUGCCAAUGCCAUAGGUCCAGAGCUUCUAGACCGGUUAGAAGUCACCGAGAGUACUGCAUAUGAAGUGUUCCAUACUGUUGCUCAACAAGUGAUCAGACAUGGCCUAUCGUGGGGUCGAGUGCUGGCAGUUUUCCUGUUUGGGUUAGAAUUAGCAGACAGGACAAUGGCACAGCCUGGAGGAUCUGUUCUAACUGUCAUGUCAUGGCUGUCACGAUUCAUUAUAUCAAAUCUCCUCAACUGGAUUAGAAGUGAAGGAGGAGGAUGGCAAGCUUUGUUUGAGCAACUGGCAAGCUCAACAUCUUUCGUGACAGUUUUUGGGCUGGCAGCACUCACUGUUGCUGCAGUGAUCUUCUUGCGAAGCUAAAACUCAGCACUUAGACUCAAGUGUUGAGCCACAGAAAUGUGUUCAUAUGAUAACCAAGAGAAGAUAGAUAAGGACUGAUUAUUAGUGAUCACAUCAUUAGUGAUCACAUCAUUAGUGAUCACAUCACCUGCACCAAAUCCCAUAUGUUGUUAUAUGAUUCUGCUAUAUUUGUGUACUAUCACACAAUAUUUAGAGAGACAAGAGAUUUCAUUUGUUACAAUGGUUGAAGUACUACGUAGGUAUUUUCUGUUAAGAAUAGAUACAAUAGAUAUGGCAUUCA